AUGUCUUCUCCGACCACCUCAUACUCACCAAAGUUUGAUCUUUCAUGGGGAGGAACUCACAGAACGGCAUUUCCUUUGACUCUUUCAAACGGCUCCAGCGAGAACCAAACGUAUUUGCUCAGCUCUCCUGCCAAAGAUGGAGGUAUGUCUUUCCUGCAUGCGGAUGGUGCUUCCAUUGUCGGGGACGAUCAGACCAUUCACGAAACCUGUGAAGCUCUCUAUACUGAAGAUGGUUUAGGAGCAGAAUUGUCGACAAUUGGCCAAACAUGUGGUCAAACGAAAGCCCGACAAUCACAGUCCCCCUCCAACUUCAGCUACGGCCACCCCUCAGCAUGCUCUUUACCAAAUGGGUCCCCCUACUUGCCUUCCAACGUACGAUUCUUAUUGUCGCAUUACACUGGUCACGUCAUUGAUUCACUCUCACCACUGCCUCAAAUCAAGGCACCAUGGCGAGGUAUACAUUUGCCAUGCGCUUUAAUCGCAUAUGGGGAAUUGGACAUUGUUAGGCAGUCAUGUUUCAGCAGAGUGUCCCUUUUGUACAGCCUCCUUUCUCUGACUUGCUAUCAUCUGGGCUCCCUUCACGAAACGACAUCCUUGAGUUUCAGUACCAUCGAUGAUGUCGUGCCGCCGCAAGAGAAAGGUUCGAAUGCGCAUUACUGGAAAAGUCAAGCUCAGAAAUUCAGAGGCAUCGCUCGGACUGCAUUUCGCAAAUCACUGCGAUCGAUACCAACCAGGUCGGCAGAUAAAGUAAAAUAUAAAGAGCUUUUUGUGAGCGCGAUGAGUCUGAUAUGCGCCGGUAUUAUCAGUGGGGAUGCAUGGGAUUCUCGGCUUUUCAUUCUCCAAUGCGAAGAAAUUAUCAAUAAGAUAGGCCGCACUAAACGACGUUUCUCUGAUAAGGCUUUGCAACUUCACCGGAUAUUUUCAUAUAUCAGAAUCAUCGCACAAACCACGUACUGUCAGACAAGAGAUCAAUAUCUUGAUGCCCUGGAUAAAAACCAAGAUAAGGAUGCGAUUACGGAAGAACUACUCGAACAAGUGAAGAAUAUUCCGGAACAAGAAAGUCUCCCGCAUCUACGGUCCAUUGGGCUCCCAUCGAAGAAUUCCCAAUACCAGACAAUGUCAGACCUUGGGUUGACCGGGCCAGCAGAAGAAGAAAUAUUUUUCGACCUCUAUGCCAUCCCUAGCUCGUUACUGACGCUCAUUUCACGAACAAACCAGAUGGUCGCAGAACUCGAUGAGAUAGGGACAUGCCUACCUAUCUUGCCGACGGCGCUAGUAGCAGAUGCUGCAGAACUUGAAAAGGAUAUCUGCAAAUGGAAGUUCCAAGGAACAAACAACACCAACACGACAGCCAUAGCUCCGGGACCGUUUGACCUUGAAGCUAACCGCAAUAGCAGCGGCGGUAUUAUCAGCGAGACUCAGAAUCCCGAACAAGUCAUGAGAUCCAACAUCGCAACCGCCAUUCACCAUGCUCUUUUGAUAUAUUUCUUUCGUUUUCUGCGCUUUACCAACCCCGUCAUUCUACAACACUACGUUGAAAGCGUGCUUAGCAACCUCGAAGGGCAUCGAGACAUCAAGGCCCAAUUCUAUCCCGGGGCCCGCAUCGGGACGAUUGUAUGGCCCAGCUUCAUUGCGGCUUGCGAAGCGCUGGGCGACAACUUGCGCCGCCGCGCCCUCGAAUGCAUGAGACAUGCUGCAUGGACGGGAUUCAAGAAUGCAGAGCCCGCCGAAAUGGUCGCAAAAGAGGUCUGGAAAAGACGCGACGCUGGCGAUGUGUAUGUCUCGUGGGCCAAUGUCCUGAGGGAAUUGAGCCCUGGGACAAUUUUGCUCCUAACCUGA